AUGGCUGGGAAACUUCGUUCAAAGUGGUCAGGGCCAUUUAUGAUCAAAGAGAUUUUUUCAAAUGGGGGCAUAGAGGUAUACGAUCACAAUGGGGUUGAUACGUUUGUAGUAAAUGGGCACCGUUUGAAGCCCUACCAUGAACUUGCUGAAGUAGAGAAAGAGAAGGAGGAAUGCCACCUUCUCGACCCUGUGUACGAUUCUGGAAGCACUCAACCUCCAGCAAGGAAAAGGACCACCAAACCCCGGCCUCCGACAAAACGAACCACUAGACGAACCGCCUCCGAGGAAACUUCUAUCAAAGCUACCGAAGAGCCGGUCAUAGCCAGUCAGACGGAGGAGAAAGGGCUGGAAGAUGUCCCUGCAGUGGAAGAACGUGAGGUUGAGAAGGAAACCUCGGAGGAGAUGAUCGAGGUGUCGGAAAAACCCAUGGAGAAAGAACAGCCCGCACCUACCCCACCGAUAAAGAAGCCGAUGAAAGCUCUGAAGAAAUCAACCCCCGCUCAAACUACCAAAGAGCGGGAAACCACUCCAGUACUCCCUACACCACCGGCGCCAUCUCUUGAAGAAGGAAAGACGGCGACGGGGUCCGAGGAAGGAGAAGAAGAAGGAGAGGAAGCCACCCAUGAGACAGAAGUGGAGGCCUCUACCCCCCAAAGCAAGGUGGUGAAGAUCGCAGCAAAGAGGAAGUUGGAUGUCACCAAGCCUCCUCUGCCCACGAAAACCAAACCGGCGGCAGCCGGAAGUAAGACAAAGGGCAAGGAAGUCCAGAGCAAGGGUAGGAAGGCAACCCCCGCUGAAAAGGGAAAAGGAAAACAAGACGAGGAAGAUCCAGAGAGGACUAAGACUGUGGAUAGCUCCAGAUCAGCGGAUGUCUUGGCGCCAAAGAAACCCACCUCCAGUACAGCCACUACCGCGAAACCAAAGCUUACAAAGCAAAAAGGCUUGAUACGUACCACUGCUUCAGGAGUGGUUAUACCGAGAGAUAGCCAAAGGUAUGCCGUCCUUCAGAAAAGAGAAAUUACCCCAUGGUAUUUUAUGGUUAAUGAAGCUUUGGAUGAGUUGGGAAUAAAGGAAAGAGUGGAGGGCUACUUCGAUGGGAUAGGUUGGAAGAAGGUGUUGGAGUGGAAUCCGAAGGCAUUCCAGAAAUUGACGGAAGAAUUCAUGGGCACUGUUGAGUUUAAGCCCAAGGGAAACUACACGAUUGAGACCCCGGGUACUUUGCGGUUCUAG